CAAAGGAAGUGCAGAGGUAAAAGUUCCUAUCUGGGAUAACCGACCAUCGGAUAUUGAAAUAUGAGUGAAAGUCUGGAUUUUUGCGAACCUUUUCAAGACAGCAAGGCUGCAUAUGUACUCAGCAAUGUCGCCGAAGUGGUUGAGAGAGUUCUCAUGUUCAUACCAACCAAAUCGCUUCUGCAGGUCGCCAGUGUGUGCAGAUUGUGGAGGAACUGUGCCCGCAGAGUGCUUCGGACUCAGCAGCAUCUGACCUGGGUCUCCUCCUCUGGACCCUGCACCACAGAGCUUCACUCUUUCUGCAGCAUCCUGGCUGAAGAAGUGGAGAAAGUAUUCCUCCUGCCUAAAACAGUCCUGAUGAUGGUCGACUGUGAGGCCUUGACUGGACAAGCUUAUUGUUAUGAACAGAGCAAAGCAAAAAAGAGUCGCCAAUGCAUGAGUACGGCUGAAGAACUGAACCAGAUCUUCCCCAAAGGCUGUGACAUCGUUGGCAUCGCUACACCAGGCAUAGUCUUAACUCCGACCGGUUCGUGGACUGGUGCUCCUAAGGAGUACCAGGAAGGGGAGGCAGGCUUUGCAGUCAUGCUCCCCAACACUGAUGGUGUUCACAUCAAGCCGUUUCACUUUUGUAAGAAAACAAUCUCUCUGUCAGCCAUGAAAGAAGCAGGACUAGUUGACAACCCAGAGCUACGCGUAGUGGUGAUGUUCAUCUAUGAAGCGUAUAAAUCUGGAGGAGCACGGUUCCUCAGCCAGAUCCUGGAGCCGCUGACAAACAGCAAGGCUUUAAUUGCAGGAGGGCUGGUGGAAGGCGUCUUCUCUCCUCCCAGAGAUUGCUGCAGCAAGGGAUCAUACGGUGUGAUUGGCCUGGCUCUGAGCGGCCAUAAAGUUCAGGGGGCGUCCGUGCUCCUUGACCAAGACGUUGGCACCGCAAAGGAAGCGGAGGCCACGGUCAGACGGCUAAAGGCAGCCAGGAUUCCUGAGAGAAACACCCUGGGCUUCAUGUUUGCCUGCGUGGGGAGGGGCCAGAACUACUACCACAACCAGCACAACGUGGAGGCCGACGCUUUUCACAAGGUCUUCCCCAAUACUCCGCUGUUUGGUCUGUUUGGCAACGGCGAGAUCGGCUGUGACCGGAUUGUUAAAGACGACUACACCCUCUGCAACUCCGACUCCGACACCUUGCAGCACGAAUACACCACCGUCAUGACUCUGGUCCACUUUGGCUGACUGACCAGUGGGAAGAAGGAGUAAGAGGAAAGAAGUCAACGUGUCAUGCUUCUGUUGUCAACAACGACUUGGAGCAGCAGACAUCAUGUACAUAGUGUCACCCAGGAUAUUGCUCUCUUCAUUUAUGCUUACAAAGCAGGACAAUAAUCCCCUCAGCCAUGAAGGUGUAAUGGCAAAACCUUUGGAGGUUUUAAGUCUUGGAAACUUUGAGAAGAAAAGAUUUGCCCAGAGUGUACAUACUGACAACAAAUUCCACUUGUGUUAGUAGUAUGUUUAUGUUUUUCACCCCAGUUUCCUCGCACACUGAAGACAUAUUCUUCCCCGUGGCUGCACUUUUUUGUUCAUGGAGGUAAAGAAAUUUGGUUUGUUUUUCUUCCACAAAAUCAGGGUAAGCUUUGGCAAGUUUGACACCGUUUUGUGUCACCAGUGUUAACCUACAGAUUUCAAUUUUUUAUUUUUUUUAUACCUCUGUUUAAUUCAUCCAGCUGUUAGCUUGGCACGCUGGUCGUAUUAUCUCAGCUUCCAAAAUCUUAGGCUUUUUUCAAGUUUUCUGCUUGAGUCAAGUUGUUGGAGAAAACAUGUACAGAUUGGGGGGAUAGCAGUAUUUGGGUUUUUGGAUCAUUACAUGCUAGAUUAUUUGAAAUGCCGUUUCACUUUUGUAAGUGAAACGGCAAAGUGAUAAUUUGCCCUGCAUGCCGAAUGUUUAGUUUGGAUGUUUUUCAUUUUCAGAUACAAGUUGUAGAAAGUGCUCAGCUUUAAAGAUGUCUCUUCAGUGCCUAGAUUCACACUCUUUGAACCUUUUUACAUUUUGGUAAGUGACGAUGUAUUUAAUUAGGAUUUUGUGUUUAUAGACCAACAAAAGGUCAUAAUAAUUGCAAAUUUGAAGGAAAAUAAAGCAUUUUUCAUUUUCACUUCACAAUUAUUUACUACUUGGUGUUGGUCUACCACAUAAAUGUUAAAUAAAUACAUUGAAGUUUGUGACUGACAGAAAAUGAAAAAGUUAGGAGAAAUGGGACAGCAUGUCUAAUAGCAUUCAUCCCUCUAAAAAUGUACUAAAUGCUAAUCUUUAUGUCGAUUUUUUUCUUAUUUUUAUUUUUACCGAUGCUGAACAGUUUGUUGCUAAUUGGUGCAGUUUCAACAUAUACAUGGUUUAUCAGGUGAUUGUUUUGUCUUGAACGUUGCUGAUGGUGUCAUUGUGAAAAAAAAGAAGAAAAAAAAGCUGCAACUGUGAUUGUAACAAAAAACUAUUUAAAAAAAUUCCAAAAUCUUUUUCUUUUUCAGAAAAUAACUCUUGUACAUCGUUUAACUGUAAUAUAAUACACCAUGUAUAGUUUUUGAAAUAAAUAUGAAUAUAAAUUGUA